GGAUGGAGCGGCUGGCGGGGGCGGCAGGGAGCGGAUCCCCGAGCGCUGGGAAAAGCAUUGGAGAUUUUUCCACCAUGCUGAUGACAUUUUAAAUAUAUUUGUCAAUUUUCCCAAAUUUUAACUGAAGAAAACUUUAAGAAUUUAUACUUGAGGACUAAAGUGUGACUGCCAGUUAUCAGGCUUUCAGGAUGAAUCUGGAAAACCUCAGCAAGCCAGAACUCCUAACACUAUUCAGUAUUCUUGAAGGAGAGCUUGAAGCAAGGGACCUUGUUAUAGAAGCUUUAAAGGCCCAACACAGAGAUACUUUCAUUGAAGAACGCUAUGGAAAAUACAACAUCAGUGAUCCUUUAAUGGCACUCCAGAGAGACUUUGAAACACUGAAGGAGAAGAACGAUGGCGAGAAGCAGCCAGUCUGCACAAACCCGCUGUCGAUCCUUAAGGUGGUGAUGAAGCAGUGCAAGAACAUGCAGGAGCGCAUGCUGUCGCAGCUGGCUGCGGCCGAGAGCAGGCACCGCAAGGUAAUCCUAGACCUUGAGGAAGAAAGGCAAAGGCAUGCACAGGACACAGCUGAAGGAGAUGAUGUCACCUACAUGCUGGAGAAGGAGAGAGAGCGGCUGACUCAACAGUUGGAAUUUGAAAAGUCCCAAGUGAAAAAGUUUGAAAAAGAGCAGAAGAAGCUCUCCAGUCAGCUGGAAGAGGAGCGCUCCCGCCACAAGCAGCUCUCCUCCAUGCUGGUGCGCGAGUGCAAGAAGGCCACCAACAAGGCCGCCGAGGAAGGCCAGAAGGCGGGAGAGCUGAGCCUGAAACUAGAGAAGGAGAAGAGUCGGGUGAGCAAGCUGGAGGAAGAGCUGGCUGCUGAGAGGAAGCGGGGCUUGCAGACGGAAGCCCAGGUGGAGAAGCAGUUGUCUGAGUUUGACAUUGAGAGGGAACAACUGAGAGCAAAGCUGAACCGAGAAGAGAACCGGACCAGAACUCUGAAAGAAGAGAUGGAGAGUUUGAAGAAGAUAGUGAAGGACCUAGAGGCUUUGCACCAGCAAAGUAGCCCCGGCGAGCAAGGGAAGAAACCAGUAACCCUGUCUAAAGGCACGGCAACUGAGCCGCCCGUGCUAGUGUCUGUAUUUUGCCAAACGGAGAGUUUUCAGGCAGAAAGAACCCAUGGGAGCAGCACGGCCAAGGUAACAGCCACAGGGCUGCCUGGUCCCACCACUCCUGCUUACUCUUAUGCAAAAACCAAUGGACAUUUUGACCCAGAAAUGCAAACCACCAAGGAGCUGAUUACAGGCAGCAGUGUAGAAAACCAAGCGCCUCCACGAGAGAAGCCUGUGGGAUUGGCCCAAGAGAAAGCAGUAGAGAAUGGUGGGUGUCCUGUGGGAAUAGAGACUCCAGUCCCAGCGCCUGGUCACCUCCCUUCCAGUGGGAGCUCACUGUCCCCCAGCAGCACUGCCUCUUCCUCUCUCACAUCCUCUCCUUGCUCUUCACCAGUACUAACCAAGCGCUUAUUGGGGUCAUCAGCUAGCAGCCCUGGCUACCAGUCAUCCUACCAAGUAGGGAUCAACCAGCGGUUCCAUGCAGCUCGGCACAAAUUUCAGUCCCAAGCAGAUCAGGACCAACAAGCUAGUGGUCUACAGAGCCCUCCAUCCAGGGAUCUAUCCCCAACCCUCAUAGACAACUCUGCCGCCAAGCAGCUGGCCCGAAACACAGUCACCCAGGUGCUCUCCAGAUUCACUAGCCAACAAGGACCAAUCAAGCCCGUGUCUCCCAACAGCUCUCCCUUUGGCACAGACUAUCGAAAUCUGGCCAACACUGCCAGCCCAAGAGGUGACAGCAGCCAUUCACCUACUCCAGGGAAAGUGUCUAGUCCUCUGAGCCCCCUGUCUCCAGGGAUCAAGUCCCCUACCAUCCCCAGAGCUGAGAGAGGAAACCCUCCACCCAUCCCACCCAAGAAACCUGGCCUCGCUCCUUCUCCGUCUGCUGCCACUCCACUGAGCAAACCUCAUCCCCAGGCAUCCUCUUUGACCACCACAGAAGACCUUGCCAGCAGCUGCUCUUCUAAUGCUGUCGUAGCCAAUGGCAAGGACGUUGAGAUACUUUUGCCUACCAGUAGCUAGUCCCUAGGAGGGAGUCUCCACAUUUGACAUUCCAUCAGAUUUCAUCCAAGAGCUCAGAGUCAAGCCAUUGAGUCAGAUCAUGUUAUUUAUUUUGAUAGUAGCUGAAACUAUCUGUAUAAUACAUUUAGUGUAUUUCACCUUUUUGUAUUUUUUAGGUAGAAACUAAGUAGUUUGGAUUUUUAUGAUCCACAUCUUUGUGCUAAAGCUAGAAGGGCACCUCAGAGAUGUCUAAGCUUUGCAGUCACCAUCGUGUUAUGAUGGAGAAAGCUAAUUGAGUACCAGGUGGUGAUUUCCUGUCUAUUUGGGGACUAGAGUCACUCAACACUCAUUUUGAAUUAUGUGGAAGUGGCUCAUGCAGACUUUUUAUUCCAGAUGAACAUGUUUUAAAAGUGCCUGAAAUUAGACUGCCAUAUGAAUGUGAUUCUGCAGCAGUAACACAAAAUGGAUCAUUUAACUGCAAAAAA